GAAGCUUGUUUUCAGACGAAAUCGCUUGUAGCUCAUUUACUACAUCACUACGAGUGAAAAGAGGCAUAAUUCGUGUACUAAAAACGUUUUGCUCGCGAAUUAUUGAUCCGGGAAAGUCGAAUCUGUUCAUAUCUCGUCAAUUUUACCGAACUCAAUAAGUUAUGGAAAGCGCAAAGGGAAUUAUGUUCGAACUUAACUUGUUAACUGUGAAGAGAUGCUAGUUUUAAUUUUUUAAGACAUGAGAAGACAUGAAUGCAGGGCAAAUGGAUAUAAUCAUCGUGUUAUUUGUACUUUUACCUUCAACAUCUUCAAAUGGUCCUAAUGUUUAUCAGACAUUGAUUGUCUGUGAGCUGCUGGAUCUUGACAAGCCUGGAAAAAUGAUUAUUAAAGAUGCUGCCGGAGGCUGCACCACAGAUGAGCUGUGUUACUUUAACAGCAGCUUUACUUAUACUGUGUCUGUAAAUAUAACACAGGAAGUGCUCAAACCCCACCUGGAAGAAUUCAAACAGAAAUAUGAAAACUUCUAUUACCCAGUUUGUAUAGAUGCUCUCAAGAAUUACCUCAAAAAGAGACAAAAUGACAUAAAUAGAAAGAUAAAGCCAAGAGUCAGACUCCUCCAGAAAGCAAACUCAGAUUUUGGAGGGUCUCGUUUGUGUUGUUUGGCAACAGGAUUUUACCCUCGUCACAUCAACCUGACCCUGUUCAGAGACGGGCAGCCUGUAUCUGAUCAUGAGAUCACUGGAGGAGAUCUGCUGCCCAAUGAUGACGGGACGUACCAGAUGAGGAAGAGUCUGGAGAUCAGCAGAGCAGACACACACACAUACACCUGCUCUGUCACACACCUCAGUCUGGACAACAAACUGGACAUUGAUUUGGAGUAUCAAGGGGAAACAUUUAAGCAGGUGAUUUCCUCAGUGCUUGUGGUUUUGGCUUUGGGACUGGUGUUGAUGACUGCGAUUGGUGUUAUUAAAUGGUGGAGAAGGCAUCACUCAGGUACAUGA